ACUAGAUCUGAUAUUAUUAAAUUAUAUCAGUUGAUUUUAGAAUAUUUAAUUAAUUCAAGCCCUAAAUAUCUCAGGGCUGUGAAUUAUUUAAUCUUCUAUUUAAAAGAAAUAAAAAACUUAGCUAUUAAAUUUAGCUCUAGUUCUAUUUUAUUUUAUAUAGUCAGUAAUGCUAGUUUUGCUGAUAAUCAAGAUUAUACUAGCUUAAUAAAAUAUAUUAUUUACUUAUUUAAUAAUUUUAUUAAUUAG